AUGAAUAGCAGAGAUCGUUGGAAGGUAUAUAAAGGGGUGAGUGUCAUGUUUUUCCUGGCUGUGGUUGCGCUGACUGUUGUCCAGAGAGGGAGCAUCAGCAUGGGGCUCUUUCAGCUGGAGAGGCAAACUCUUAUGAAUGCUGCUCAGGGAGAAGGAUUUAUAGCUGCUCUUGGAGAGAAAACUGACUCAUACAAGGGGAUAAAAAAUUUCUGGAAGUCUGGCAACUAUCAGUCACAGCCUAAAGCUCUGACAGCCCCAUGGGAGCUCAGAAUCCCUGAAAACGGGAGUCCCAGAACUUGGGAUGUAACCAGUUCCAACUGUAGUGCCAAUUUCAACUUUUCUAGCCAGGGGUGGUUCAAGAACUUGGAGGAAAAUUUCAAGCAAUUUUUGCUUUAUCGACAUUGCCGAUAUUUCCCUAUGACCCUCAACCACCCAGAGAAGUGUGCAGGGGAUGUGAAUCUGCUGAUGGUGAUCAAAUCAGUGGCCACUCAGCACGACCGCAGGGAGGUCAUCCGAAAAACAUGGGGCAAAGAGCAGGCAGUGCACGGCAAAAGGAUAAAGACCCUCUUCCUUCUCGGUAAGCCCUCCAAUGAGGCAGAAAGAGCAAACCAUCAGAAACUUGUGGAGUAUGAAGACUUCAUCUACAAGGAUAUUCUCCAGUGGGACUUCUUAGACAGCUUCUUCAACCUGACGCUCAAGGAGACCCAUUUCCUUAGGUGGUUCCAUAUUUACUGCCCCAACGUGAACUAUGUCUUCAAGGGGGAUGAUGAUGUAUUUGUCAGUGUGAAUAACAUUUUUGAAUACUUGGAAAACACCAAGCAUGGAAAGAACCUAUUUGUUGGGGAUGUGAUUUUCAACGCUAAGCCCAUUCGUAAAAAGGAGAACAAAUACUAUGUCCCCCAAGCUUUGUAUAGUAAGACACACUACCCUCCAUAUGCAGGUGGAGGGGGUUUUCUGAUGAGUGGGAGUCUUGUGAGUAGGCUUCACUGGGCCGCAAACAUUCUGGAGCUUUACCUUGAUGAUGUCUUUUUGGGCAUGUGUCUGGAGGUGCUUCAGAUCACUCCUAUUAAACACAACGCCUUUAAGACGUUUGGCCUGGUGAAAAAUAAGAGCAGCAAGUUGAACCGGGAACCUUGCUUUAAGAACAUGAUUGUGGUGCACAAGCUGCUCCCGUCAGACCUCCUGCACAUGUGGAAUCUGGUCAACAGAGACCUAGUCUGCUCACAAAGGUUCAAGAUCCUAUAGCUUGUCAAGAACACCAGGAAAAUACCGGCACCAACAAGCUGAGCUUUAUCUUGGUGAAUGCUUACAGGAAGUGAGGCGCUUGAGCGCCGAAGUUCCUGGUAACUCUAUGAGCUAUUCCAGGAUGUUUAUAUUGUGUGGGCCCGGACAAUAUUUGAAUUUGCAGUUUUCUGAGCAGUUGUGCAAUUUUUUGGAAGAGUGCCCUCAGACAUAAAUUAUAAAAUUAUUUUCUUUAAACUGAAUUAGAACUGUGUGUUUAUAUUGGAAUUUUUAAGGACUAACACACUCAGCACACAGACUCUGAGAAAGCCAAAUUACACUCUAAACCGAUGGGCAUACUAAGGAAGACAGUUUUUAAGUUAAUGGUAUUUUAUUCUUUUGUAAAAAAAAAAGAAAGUUUUUAAUGAUAGGCGACUUAUUCCUCUUUAUAAUUCUGCCUCGAUCUAAUAGUUUCAUAGAUCGAAGUUUCAUGAAGCAGAAGACAAGUCUUGUGGCAGUGAUCUGUCACAAAAUCACAGAUGAUACUGAACCCACUAAUGUGAAAAUUUGUUGUGAUGCCAAGUGGUGAACAAAAAAUAUGUUUUAUUUACUCUAUUAAACAUGGGAAAUCAUGUUUGCUUGGGUGGAUAUCGACAAUAUAAGGGCAGUUAAUAUUAAUGGAUGCUGGGGUCUGAAAGCCACUACACUUGUUGCACAGCCUGCAGUUCUACUAAGACUCUGGCAGUGUUGCACAUUGCUUUCACUUGCAUCCGUAUGCCAUGCAAAGAAGAAGCAACUCUCUCUACCUCAGUAAUUUGGGCAGAAACUCUUUCUUCACUGUCACUUUUGUAUUACAUCGUAUCUUUUUCUUCCUAUGCAGUAAAUGCUCCUAAAGUAAAAUUUUAUUCACUGUCUGUAUUGUAGAAGUCCUUGCACUCAUUGCUUUAAAUGUUACUGACUUGAUCUGGACAUCUACUGCAUAUAGACAUAACCUACAGAGGAAACAACAACAACAACAACAACAACAACAACACUUGUUGCACAUUAUUACACACACUGUCCUUGGAUUUGAAUGUGCUGAUAUACUUGACAUGAAUUUGGUAGAGGGGUUUAAUAUGACACUGUGAACUAAAAUUCUUGCUGGUACGACCAUGUGAUAUGUUAAUUUAAUU